AUGAAGAACGAGUACGGUCAGCCAUUGACCUACGAAAACUUUUCGGGACCCCGACAGCGGAAUCGGAGAUGUACAGAUGUGCCAUGCCUACUGCUAUUUGUCCUCUUUCUGGGGGGAUGGGGCUACAUCGCCCAGUUCGCUUUCAGGACAGGCAACCUCAACAAGCUUGUAGCGCCCAUGGUCUUUAACCGGGAGUGCGGCGUGGACCCUGGUGUGGAAAACAAGUCAAACUUAUUCUUUUUCGACAUGACCGAAUGCCUAAAUCCACUCACACCUUUUACAGGCUGCGAGACACCAAGGGUUUGUUUGGAGUCCUGCCCCAAUGAGAUGUUUCAUUAUGAAGCAAUGAAGAACUUUAAAUCUUUCGAGGAGCUACACGGAAGCCUUAUCUGCAGGACGGAGGAGCACAAGGCGCGAAUUCACACCAAAACGGACAUUGAAGAGGCCAUUAAGAAUCUAUGUGCGGGCUGGUACUUAAACAGUGUUCCCUUUCACAACCGAUGCAUCUUGAACAUGCCCCUCAAUGCUUGUGACUUAAUCUCAACCCUGACGCAGGUCGGAAAUUCCCUGCCUUCUGGAAAGUUGUUGAUGAAAUCACAAAUCGUAUCACAAAGUUAUGAAGAGCAUGGGUCAAGAGUUCCAACGGCGGAGAAUUGCCAAUUGGAUUUAGGAAGACAUCUUAAAGGAAAAAUGAUGCAAACGGACACAGGGCUGAGCAAGCUGGGAUGCAACAUAUUAUUUUCUUUCUUCAAUGUCGACAAGGAAGUGUGCGAUAUUGUCGAGGAUGUGUUCAAUUCCGUGCUUAUUCUGCAGGCGAGCUGCUGUGCGCUGAUCGCCUCACUGUUCUAUAUCGCCCUAAUGCGCUGGUUCUCGGGUCAGAUCGUGUGGUUCUCCAUCUUCGGCGUGCUCAUCGGCCUCGGGAUGCCCCUUAUCUACUGCAUUAUGCAGUAUAUCUUCUGGAAAAGGGCAACCAGAGCGAAAACAGACUACAACAUGGAAAGUAUUUUUAAACAGAUUUUGCGUGACGAAUACACCUGGCUCAUCCUGUCUAUCUUCCUUGGCGUGUGCUUCGUGGUCAUCCUGCUUAUAGUGAUUGUCAUGUUGAAACGCAUUCGGAUUGCGAUUGCCAUGAUUAAAGAGGGCAGCAAGGUGGUGAGCAGUCUAAUUAGCACCAUGUUCUUUCCAAUCUUCUCCUGGACACUGUACUUAGCCACAAUAGCGUUCUCCAUUUACGUGGGACUGCAUCUGAUUUCCAUUAAAGAACGGUCUUUUAAGAUGGUGCAUCAGUUGGCAUAUGGAAAAGAAGCCUGCAUAUGCGAGGGUCCAGCUACCAACUACACAGUGGGUGAGUCCUGCAGUCCGGAAGUCUUUCGGCAGCAUUGUUUCAUUCGGCAGACCGGAGUUGACCAGCAAUCACAAGUGCCGUGUUCGAAUACCAAAUGCAGCUUUGACGACUUUGUCUUUUCGCCUCUGAUUAAAGUGGCCAUUUUCUACAACGUCUUUGGUUUCUGCUGGCUGAGCUUCUUCGUUUCCGCCUUCAACUAUAUGGUGCUAGCUUCCACCUUUGCUCGUUGGUACUGGACCCUUAAGAAGCGGGAUGUGCCAUUCUUCACCCUCACUACAGCUUUCUGCCAAACUGCUUUCUAUCACCUGGGAACUUUGGCGUUCGGUUCGUUCAUCCUAGCUGUUGUUCGCAUGGUCUGCUUGGUUCUGGAGUACAUCAGUAGGAAGGUCAAGGCGCACGAUAACUUUGUGACAAGGGCCAUCAUAUGGAUCAUGCGUUUCUUCUUCUGGCUUAUGGGCUUUCUUAAGUUCGCCACUCGUAAUGCUUACAUCAUGUGCGCCAUCCACGGUCACAACUUCAUCACCAGUGCCAAGGAUUCUUUUAAGCUGGUUAUGAGGAACCCGCUGCGUAUAGUAACACUUGACAUCGCCAUGGGCUUCUUGUUCUUCGUUUCUAAGGUGUUGCUAUCCGCUGGGGCGGGAGUGUCCACAUACUUUUUCCUGUCCAAUUAUCCGGAAGCUUUUAAACUUCAUUACAAUGUGGUGCCAGCCAUAUUGGUAGCGAUUUUCAACCUUAUAACCCACGUGUUCUUCGGCGUUUACUCUACUGCCGUGGACACGCUGUUCCUGUGCUUGGAGGACUGCGAGCGAAACAAUGGAUCACCCGAAAAGCCCUUCUUCAUGUCCAAGCAACUUAAGAAGAUUCUGGGCAAAAGGAACCAUUAGAAAUGUAUUUUCCGGCC